AUGACUGACGACAGUGAUCCUCUCUUAGACCACUUUGACAUACCCCACCCACAUCAUCUUCAUGUUCGAACUGCGCACUGGCUCUGGGCAUUGCAUCUCCUGUUUUUCCUCCUUUCUUUCUCCUUGCUACUUUCAGCCUUGAGACUCAACCGAUCCUCUCCUACCGACGGUAAAUGUGCAGAACAAUUAUCAGCAUAUUCCCCUUUCACACACCUCGUGGAAUAUGAGGAUGUCCGCUUCCAAGGAAGCCUCUUCGACACAAACCCAUACGAAGGGGCCCCCAACCCACACCUGGACGCGGCAUGGGGCCACAUCACUCACAUGGCGCAACUUGAGAUCACAGCAGAGGACAUGUCCCGGCUCAAGAAACCGCUGACCCAGGUGAAAGUGGCCGAGGCCGAGGGCGACGGCUAUGCGGGUGGGAUCGAGGUGUUCCAUCAGCUCCACUGCGUCAAUCUAGUUCGACAGUACACGUACUACGACUACUACUCUCAGCUGGAGAACAGGCCGGCAGAGUUCCACGAUUCGAACGCGACGCUGCGACUGCAUGUAGAUCACUGCAUCGACAUGUUGCGACAAGUGAUCCAGUGCAACGGCGAUGUCGGGGUUGUGACGAGGAGCUGGGUCAAGGGCCGCGCCCUCAGCUACCCGGACUUCAGCGUAUGGCAUAAGUGCCGGAAGCUGAAGCCCAUCGCGCAGUACUCGAAGGCACACGAGAUUGACACAGAACCUACCAAACUUCCAGAUUCUUUGGAGCUCUCUGAGCCGCCAUGCACGGAUGCUGCGCCUGACGAAAUUUGUCCGUAGGACUACUAGGGCAAUACCAGGGCGUAAGACCGAGUUUGUCAUCCCAACGACAGAUCACUUUUAUUGAGCAAUGUUCUUCUUGUGCAUCUGCUAAGGCUGG